AUGUGUUAUUCAUGUGAAAACCCUUGCCAACCCCUUCCCUCUCCACCACCACCUGUAAUAGUUUGCCCGCCGCCACCUCCACCACCUUCUCCACCGCCACCAAGCGGCCCUCAAUGUCCACCACCGCCGAAGCUGCCGCCUACGACGCCCGAUACUGGAAUUAUUGGAGGCGCAUAUAAUCCACCACCGAUUGGCGGACAAUUUUCCCCACCGAACCCAGUAGUUCCGUAUUUUCCGUACUACUAUAACCCACCAGCACCACCAUCUUCUGCUACUUCCAAUUCUGUCACAUUAAGACUAAAAUUAGUUGUUCCUUCCAUUUUCCUUUUCUUUACUAUGCUGUGCUUCUUCUAA